UUCCCAACAACUAAAGCAAUUAGACCACCAAAAGUGAAUCAGUUAAACAAACUAAGAACAGUUGAUUUGUUUCAUUAUAUAUAUACACAUACAUACACGAUAACUUUUCACACACCACCACCAUUGCCAUGGCUUUAGGAGGAGGAGAAACACUAGAAGCUGGCGGUGAUCGGGCGGCACGGGUGAUGAGUAGUAGUAGCUCGAAGGUGGAUUUGGUGAUGGUGUUGCUAAGGGUGCUGGCGUUAUUAGCAACGGUUUCAGCAGCUUUGAUAAUGGGGUUCAACAAGCAAACGAGGACCAUAGUAGUGGCCACGAUCGGAACUACGACUGUACAAGCUACUCUCACUGCCAAGUUUCAGCACACCCCUGCAUUUGUGUUUUUUGUGAUAGCUAAUGGGAUUGCUAGCCUCCACAAUUUGCUGAUGCUGGUGGUUAGUUUUAUAGGCCCACCGAAGCUGUUCGAGCGAAUUGCUCCCUCUGCAAUUCCAGUCUUCGACUUGAUGAACGUGGCAAUUGUUUCGGGUGGGGCAAGUGCGGCGGCGUUCAUGGGGCAGCUAGGAAGAGACGGGAACUCACACGCCAGGUGGAACAAAAUAUGCGACAAAAUCGACAGCUUCUGCGACCGUGGAGGUGGGGCCAUGAUUGCUUCCUUCAUCGGACUUGUGCUAAUCAUCAUCAUAUGUUCACUCUCUAUUAUCAGGCUUCGCCGCUAUAAUACUAUAUAGUAUAUACCAACAAUUACUUGUCAUCAAAUGUUUGAUUUUAUUUUUAGUUUAUUUUUAUUUUAUUUUAUUAUUUAUAUAUAUGUACCCGACGCGUGCAGUACCAUACUAGUUUAUUGAAGCAAAAGGCGCGUGACUGCAUCAUGAUUUACGAGCGUAUAAAUUGAUUAUUAAAAGAUU